UUAGUAUUAUUUGCAUUGUGUUCUGGCACGAUCACGAUUUUUUGAGUGGACGUGACGUCAAGUAUGAAACUCAGUUAUCUGCGGGUUUUCAAAAUGUAUUUAGAACUAGGAGUCGGGUGUAUCGUGCUCUGAUAUCUUUAUAAUAGAUGACCGAGAAUAAAUUUCGGCAUUGUGAUUUAUUCGCGUUCGUAUAACGACGAGGAUUGGUGGUUUUUUUUUUUUUGCUAUCUUGUAUAGUGUGAGAAGGAAUCGUAAUAUAACGACGAAAGAUAUCGCACCGGAAACAAAUUGCCAAGAUGAAGUUUCCUUGUAUUUUGAGUAUUUGCUUUGUAAUCGUACUGAAUGUUAACGCUGUAACUUGGCCGGAUCCGAAGAAUUUUCGUUUAACCGAUUAUAUAAAUUAUUCGCCUCGAACGAAUGUUGCAUCCAACGCUGUAAAUAAUUGGAAACCGAAAAGUUUUCGUCAAAAUUCCAACCCAGGAGAACAAUCAACUCAAAAUAAUUGUUUAACGGAUACGCAAAAGCGUAUUACUAAAGGUAUCAAUAGACUGGCAGUUGGUUUAGAUUACAUGCUUUCUAAAUCCAAUCCAAAUGGAAAUAUUUUAGUAGCUCCGAUAAACGUUUUCAAAACACUGGCCACCGUCAUGCUAGGUACAGCGGGAGAUACUGAAAAAGAAUUAUUAAAAAUGCUCAGCGGUCUAAUCUUAGGGCGAAAGAUAACCGAAGGAACGGAAGCGUUUCACAAAGAGAUGGGUAAACUGUUAGCCAAAGUAACCGAUAUUGAUCCGGGAGUUAAAUUCGGUACGAAUAUAAACAUCGCUGGCGGAGUAUUCGUACAAAAAGGUUUUCAAAUAAAGCAACGAUUUAUCGAAAUGGCUAAAAGUAUUUAUAGGAGCGACGUCACCGAAUUGGAUUUCCUUAACGAUGGUACGAAUUCUGCAAUUGCUGUUAACAAUUGGGUAGCCAAUCAUACCGAGAACAGGAUUAAAGAACUAAUUCAACCACCUAUCGAUCCGACCACUAAAUUAAUCGUAGCUGGAGCUUUGUACUUUAACGGCGAUUGGGAGUUUCCAUUUUUCCUCAAAGCAACCAAAUGGCAACCAUUUUACUUGGGAGAUGGUAAAGAUGAAACUAACACAGUUCAAGUACAAAUGAUGGUUGGUCAAGCUUUGAUUCCGUACUACGAAGAUAAAGAAGUCGGUUACCAAGCGAUCGGUUUACCCUACAAAAACAGAUCAGUUUACAUGUACGUUGUGUUACCGAGACAAAAUACGAGUUUAAAGCAACUUACCACCAGAUUCAUGCAUAACGACUUCACCAACAUCGUCGAAAAAUCCAAACCGUCCGAAGUAUUCUACGUGAUGCCAAAAAUGCAACUCGAAAACAAGAUUAAUUUGAGAUCGCCGUUAGAGUAUUUAGGAGUUCGAUCUCUGUUCAAUCCGUCCAAAGCUAAUUUUACUAAUAUCGCAGACGCGCAGAUAUACGCUUCGGAAAUUCUACAUAAAGUCGAGAUGGAUGUAAAUGAAAUCGGUACGACAGCCAGCGCAGCUACUGCUACCACCGUGAAUAGAGGCGGGUAUAUUAAUUUCAGGGCGGAUAGGCCUUUCUUCCUUUUUAUAUACAAUGUUAAAGCCGAAGUCAUGACAUUUUGGGCUAGCAUUCAGAAACCUACUCCUUUUCAGUGAGUAAUUUUAAAGUAAAACGAUCUUUUAACUCGAUUAAAUCGUGAUUGAGCAGUAUUUUCUGACGAGAGAUAUGCUUCUGCGGUGCAUCAGAGAAAUUUGAUUAUUUCCUACGAAUACCAAACUUACCGUUAUUUUUUUAUAUUAAGCGUAUUUUUUACACGAGACGUAUUAAUUUAUAGUUUAAUAAAUUUUUGUUACUCAA